CGGGAGAGUGUAUACUUGUCACCGAAUCAAGCACAACGCCACAGAACGUUUUGUACCCUCUACUGGAAGCUUGCCAUCGCGAGUCACUACAGGAAAGUCAAGGUUGGCUACACCAGUCUACAGGGGCAUCUACAGCGCCGAGAGCGAAUAGCGAGCGUCAAGAUGAACGCUCAGUACCAGGAAGAGGAGAUGGACAUGGGUGCGGAGGAACACGAGAUGCAAGGUCCGCGUCUCGUGAAUAUCCUGGAGCAGGCAGGAAUCAAUGCCACGGACGUCAAUAAGCUCAAAGAAGCAGGAAUGCACACGGUGGACGCUGUGGCGAUGGCCACCAAGAAGCAACUCGUUAGUAUCAAAGGCAUCAGUGAAGUCAAAGCCGAGAAAAUGCUCAAGGCUGCACGAGAAAUGGUCAACGUGGGUUUCACAACGGCUGCUGAUGUGUUGGAGAGCAGAAAAGAUUUAAUUACUUUAUCCACGGGGUCGAACGCUGUCGACGAGCUGCUUAAAGGAGGAAUCGAGACGGGUUCCAUUACAGAAUUAUUCGGAGAGUUCCGCACAGGCAAGACGCAGCUGUGCCACCAGCUCUGUGUGACGUGUCAGCUGCCUGUGGAUCGCGGUGGUGGUGAGGGCAAGGCGCUGUAUAUCGACACCGAAGGCACGUUCCGUCCUCAGAGACUGCAGGCUAUUGCAGAGAGAUAUGGACUGGAUGGAGACAGUGUACUUGACAAUGUGGCGUUCGCCCGUGCCUACAACUCGGAGCACCAGAUGCAGCUGCUCAUUCAAGCGUCCGCUAUGAUGGCAGAGUCUCGUUUCGCACUCGUGAUUGUUGAUAGUGCAACGGCGCUGUUUAGAACAGAUUAUUCUGGUCGUGGCGAGCUGGCGGCUCGACAACAGGAACUGGCCAAGUAUGUUGGAUAUGCUUCGUGAGAGGUUGAAUCAGAUAUUUUACUCGUUGUUGUUGCAGGUUCCUGCGUGCAUUGACAAGAAUGGCUGACGAGUUCGGCGUGGCAGUUGUGAUCACAAAUCAGAUGACCGCAAAUCCGGAUUCGGGUAUGUUUGCUAAAGACCCGCUACAGCCCAUUGGUGGCAAUAUCAUGGCCCAUGCGUCUUGCACCAGACUUCGCCUUAAGAAGGGACGUGGCGAGAACCGCGUCAUGAAGGUCGUGGACUCCCCCAUCCUUCCAGAAUCGGAGGCUAUCUACUCCAUCACAGAACAAGGUAUUCAGGACGAGCUCAACUAGCCUACAAUACACGUGUUGUACCUUCAAUCAGUUUAUUGACAAUGUUGAAAAUGAGGGCAAGUACUGCAUUUCAUUUACUAACGCAUUCAUGACGUAUUUCACUUACAACUGCUUCACUAAGGUAUAAUGUAGCUCUACAACAGAAUUUCCCACUGGCACAUGAAUAAACACAGUUCAAUUGCUUAAAGAAUAGCCAAGCACCA